CCUAGUCCGCGCGGUCUUUUUUUUCCCCCUCUGCUCUGGACAAAGAGAGCUCAAACCAAGAGUUAUAAAGAGGACCUCCUCCUUCCCUUCUUUCUCACAGCACUUCUAGCUUCCAUCCUUCUGCUCUAGAGAGAUGGCUUGGUCUUCCCAUCUCAUGGUUUGGCUCAGCUUAUUUCUGUCGUACUACGUUCCGCUGGGCUUAGCAGCCCGUCAUAAGUGGCCUGUGGGAGGAUCUACAAAGUUCUACGACUUCAAGGUACAAACCAAGAGGAUCACGAAGAUUUGCAAGACGAGGGACAUCGUCACCAUCAAUGGCAAGUAUCCCGGUCCGGUCGUGUACGCCCAGGAGGACGAUCGGGUGAUCGUCGCGGUCACGAACAAGACCCCAUACAACGCCACCAUUCAUUGGCAUGGGGUCCGGCAGAGGCUGUCGUGCUGGUCGGAUGGACCGUCAUACCUGACCCAAUGCCCGAUCCAGCCCGGCCAGUCGUUCACCUACGAGUUCACCUUGGUCCAGCAGAAGGGCACGCUCUUCUGGCACGCCCACAUCUCCUGGCUCCGCGGCACCGUCCAUGGCGCCAUCGUCAUAUAUCCCAAGACUGGGGUACCCUACCCCUUCCCCAACCCUUACGAAGAGCAUAUACUAAUUUUGGGGGAGUAUCGGUUCAAUAACUUGGUGAAGCUGGAAAAGAAGGUUCUUGCAAGAGGUACAGGUGCUCCACCGGCGGAUGGAUACACAAUAAACGGCCGCCCAGGGCCUCUCUAUAACUGCUCGGCAAAUGAUGUAUACGGGAUUGAUGUAAUACCUGGCAAGACAUACCUUCUACGGAUAAUAAACGCAGCCCUGAACAUCGAGCUGUUCUUCUCCAUUGCCAACCACAAGCUCACCAUCGUCGAAGCUGACGCCGAGUACACAAAGCCCGUCACAGUAGAGCGGCUCAUGAUCACCCCAGGGCAGACCAUCAACGUCCUGGUGGAAGCCAACCAGCCGAUCGCCAGGUAUGACAUGGCAGUAGGACCUUACGUGUCGGCGCAGAACAUUCCAUUCGCGAACAUCUCCGCCAUAGCCCACUUCCACUACUCCGGCGCCAGCGUCACCACCAUGGCCCUUCCCGCGCCCCUCCCCGUCUUCAACGACAACCUCGCCGUGAAGAAUGGCAUGGAUGGGCUGAAGAGCCUCAACGCCACCAACCUCCCUCUCGAGAUCGACACCAAUCUCUUCUUCACCAUCGGAGUGAACGUCGAGGCAUGCCAUUCCUCGACUCCUAACAAGAGCUGCCAAGGUCCCAAUGGUGGGACCUUCGCCGCAUCGAUGAACAAUAUUACCUUCGUGAAGCCCAGCAUUUCAUUGCUGCAAGCCUACUACGACAGCUUGCAUGGUCAUUAUACUGAUGAUUUCCCUUCGAGGCCAUUAAAGGUUUAUGAUUUUGUCAAUGGCGCACCUAACAACUUUCCAAAUGAUACUCAGUCUUUGAAUGGAACUAGAGUGAAGGUCCUGGAAUACGGUGCUAGGGUGCAACUCAUCUUGCAGGACACAGGGACUGUGAGCACAGACAACCACCCCAUGCAUCUGCAUGGCUACAGCUUCUACGUUGUAGGGUAUGGGACCGGGAACUACAACUCCAGGACUGCGAAGCUCAACCUCGUCGAUCCACCAUACAUGAACACCAUUGGUGUUCCGGUUGGAGGAUGGGCUGCAAUCCGGUUCAUUGCGGACAAUCCUGGGAUGGAAUGGAGAAAUUGUUAGGUGGACUAGAUCCGCCGUGGAUCUAGGAUGAAAUCAUUCUAGCGCAUGUUGCUGUGACAUAUAAAGAGAAAGAAGAGAAGAAAAAAGGGAUUAAAUUCGAGCAUGUGGUUCGGCCUAUGCCAAGGGGCACUCAAAGCAGUGCCGUUAAUUUUUUCUUCUUCUUUUUAUUGCAAGCAUAUAUAAUCGAAUUUAUAUGGACUAUGGUCUUUGAUUAAUUUUUUGAAUUUUGGUGAUUUUGUAGGUGUGUGGUUCAUGCAUUGCCACCUUGAUCUUCAUACAACUUGGGGUCUCUCUAUGGCAUUCAUUGUGAAGAACGGUAAGGGCCCACUGGAGACCCUUCCACAUCCUCCGGCAGAUUUGCCCCUGUGUUGAGAUGCAAGCAAGAAAG